GACCAAGCAUGAGAACAAAAGCAAAAUGAAACGUAGCAAAAAUAAUCUUAAAAAUAUAUCUUAUAGUUUUGUUAGAAACUACAAAAAGAGAAUUGCUACUUCCUAUUUCGGAAACUACGGACUUAAAACGAAAAAGAAAAUAAGGGAACAUACGAAUUUGCAAUCCACUUCUUCGAAACCGAUUCCAGGAAGUUUCGUUGCAUUGUGUCAUCCAGAUCUUAAAAUUCAAGCAAAUUCAAAUUUUCACCAACCUACAAAGGUGAAAAGGAGAAAAGAGCGUAUUGAUGCUGUGAAUAAUUUGAGUAGCGACAUUGCCGCAACCGAGGAAAGUGUAUUAAUAGACAUAGUAAUGGAUGACAUGGAGGAAACUAUAGCAUUACGUCGAUCCAUUGGUACAGACGCCGACUCUAUAAGUCAAUUGAAUAAAAAAAUUGACAACGAAGUGAAAGAUGUCGCACUGGAUAGUGAGUUACAAGUUAAAACGGAAAAUGUACAUUCACAAACUAUAUUUCUUUAUGAUAUCAAUGAGCCAAGUACAUCAAAAGGAAUCCGUCAUGUUAGUAUGGAUGUUCAGUGUUGUACAGAUGCGACAACUCUUUAUCCAAGUCUUUCUCCAGUUUCAUCUUUAACAAGACCAACUCAAAUGUUUGGAACAUGUAUCAAAAUCGACGACUCUUUAACGAAUAUAAACAUGAAAAAGGUAAAUCACACAGACAAUUCUGCUGCUACAAGCAACAUAGUACAGAACUUUGGACCAACAUCUUUGAGAAUUCGUACAGCAAAUCGUAACUUAAAAGGUAUCAAGAUUGAAGAUUCGUUUACGGACAUGACAGUGAUGAGUUCCGAUUUUGGUACUUGCACUAAUGAUGAUAAUUAUGAAAAACUGUCGUCAUAUCCGACAUUUAGAUCUCCAACUAGGCAUUCAGUUGGGAUUAAAAUUAGGGAUUCUGUGUCCGAUUUAAGAAAGAUUUGUAAUUCUGGUACGUCUACGGAUGAACUUAAAGACAUUAGUCAACCAAUGAGUAUAUGUACAGAGUCUCCAUCAAAAUGCACAAAAGGAAUUACAGUUACGGAUUCUUAUACGGACAUAUAUACGGGACAACAUUUUGACUUCGGAACGGUAACAAACAAUGCUAUUGAACAAUAUAAAACUGCAAAUACGGAAUAUAAGUCUCCUGAAUAUAAUGAAGCGCAAAUGGAAUCCACAUUUGAGCAUGAUGUCGCCAGUACAACUGAUUCUUUGAUCCAAACAAAUACAAAUGGCGUACUGGACUCUGGCGACAAUACUGAUAAUAACGACGACAUCAUUACUGAAAAUGUUGUAUCAAAAAAGAAUGUUACAAAUAUUGAAAAUGGAUGUUCGCAGACGAAUUUCAAAAUAAAAAUUGAUUCGUCCUCUACUUCUGAAAAUCCAACAUAUUAUAAUGAAAUGCCUAAUGUUAAAUUCACUAAAGGCAUUAAAUCCACUGAUUAUUUGAUUGGCGCAGAUUAUAUUUUCCCCACCAUGACCGAUCAUAAAAUUGAUAUGCGAUGUAGAUCUCCUUCUCCAGUUAAUAUAUCUUUUGGAUUUAAAGUUAAGGGCGACGAUGGCAACAUUACAAAAUGCGUCGAAUGGUCUUCUACUCGAAUUGAGCUAUCGGACUUUCAUACGCCUUUUCUAAAACACCCACCUUCAAUGACAGAAAGUAAAUUAACACAUUCCGGGUCUGAAUUCUACGAGAACUAUUGUUGCAGUUACCCACAACGUAAUUUGUAUUUCACUGAUUCUUCAAUAAAUACCAGUGCCUCACAAUCUAAAGGAAUAUUAAGCAGUGAAGUUAUGGUGGACCAAAAAUUAUCGCCAUCUAAAUUGUUAAAGAGUAAGUUAAGUUGUGGAGGUGUACAGAUUCAUAGCUAUAAAGAAAAGCAAGUUUCAGAAGAUAUAGUUUUUCAAGGAGAAUGGCAGCAACCUAAUCCAAAGUCACGACAAAAACAAAAUAAGACUCCGAUGAAUCCAAGUCCAACGAGAAAUUUCACUGAAAUAAGUAACAAAAGCAAGAGAAUAGCUCCUACCGAUAAACCAUGCUUGAAAAAAAACGCACAAAAGCUCGAAGUUAAAACCGAGAUAAAGAAGCCCGCUCAAGUACGAAAUAGGGCAUUGAAGAGUAAACAAGAGACUGGAAGCAAAACUGAACAAUUGAAGAGAAACGAACUUCCUAAAAACCAAGUUCGAACAAUAAGAAAUAAAAACGUUUUGAAAGUAUCGUCUAAAAUUGCAGUAAAUUCAAUUACAUCUAAAAGUACGAGAAAUGCAUACAGCUCGAAACGACUUUCCAAGCAACCGCCUAAAAAUCACAUUGCCUUUGGAAGAGGAUCAACGAUAAAUAAGGACCCUAAAAAACAUCUUGCACCCAUGCAUACAAAGAAAUACUGUACUAUGGAGAAGAGUAAUUUAAACCAAAGUUUUGGUGCAAUUGAAACUGUUAUCAGAGGCAAUGAGGGAAACUCUAGAAAAGCCACAUCUCUAAUAAGAAGGUCAAAAACAGAAAUCGGAAUGGAAUUAAUAAGAAUGAGUCAUGAAAUCCGUGAAAAUUUAACUUACGUAGUGUUUCGAAAUGAGUUAGAAAAUAACCACAAGAAUACCAGUAACAAUGACCCUAUAGACAAUGCAAAUAAAAGUGAAGGUACAAGUAGGAAGAGAAUCAUAAAUAGACGGUCCUCUAGUCCACUAUCACAGAACAGUUCAACAUGUUCUACACCGGAUAGUAUUGCUACGGUAACAGAAGCACGUACUAAACUAUCUGCCAGGAAACAUUGUGGACAUUCUCCUUCUUCAAACAAAAGUAGUGUAAGUAAUAGUGACACUGACCCCAUCUCACCCGUGCGGAACAGAAAAUACAAGCGAUAUAAAAGUGGAAAAUAUUCUGAAGAUAAAAGCAAUAAGGAGAACGUUGCUGAAUCAUCUUUGAAAUGUAAAAUUAGUGACAAUGUACAAAAUGUGAAAAAUUCAUUUAUGGGAAGAAGUAAAAAUAUAUACUUAGCACAGGUUGCUAAUGAAAGUGCACUUACAUUGAACAGUAAGCACCAAAUACCUAAUAAAUCAUUCAUUCCAACAGUCGCCGGCAGCGACGAAAGAAAAAAGUACGAAAAUUCAUCAAUCAUGAUGAAAAAGUCUGUCGUUAGAGACUCUUUUAUGAAAGGAGCAAAUGAAAAUCAAGGCGAUCCGUCAAAUGUUGUUUUCGUAGUAGGUCCUUUGGAAAAACUGGAGUCAAAUGCCUCGCAACAUACAGCAACAGAUAACGAUAGUGCUAUUGUUAACGUAGUAGACAAUACAUUACUAGCCGAAUGGUUGGCUAAAGGAAGUAGUAGUGAACUUGACAUAGAUAGCACUGAGAGCACCAUAUUAGCGACAAUGAAACAGAUUGUAGAAGAUCGAUUAGAUUUCAUUACAGCCCCGCUAGAUAUAAAUGAAUUAACAAACAUGGAUGCACAAAUACACGAAGAUGGUAUCGAACAAGAACUAGAUGAGACUUCUUCCCUAAAAAGUUUUCAAACAGUGAUUACAAAAGACGAUAAAAUUGAUUAUAUAGAAACACAAAAUAUCACAGAUAUUGCUUUUAACAGCACUUUUGAAUCCGCACAAGAUAUUCCUUCACCGAUGAGCAUUGAUUACCAAACAGAUUACGAUUUAGUUUCAUUUAAAUCUUCUACUUCUGCUUCUAAAUUAUCUGAGUAUUUUCUAACAGAUGAUAGUAAGAAAUCCGAGAACAUGCCACCUGACAUUCUUACCAUCAGCUCAGUUCGAGACAUAUUUGAGAGAAAAGAAUAUAUCUCACCAAAACCAGCUGGAAUGCUUGCUGUCCAAGCGUUUAGUGGUUUCUCAAUAGAUGCAGAACCCGUCUCUGGCGACCAGCCUGACUACGUGAACUUUGUAGACUCCGAUGUCGGUAGCUUUGCUGUGGACGUUGCCAGACAAGCUGCCUCCGGAUGUUUUGCCAAGUUUGCUGAUUCUGUCAUCUCAAUCUGUCAGAAACCUGACCCGGUUAAUAUCGUUGAUUCUGAGACGGGCAGUGGUACAUCGGUUACCAGAACCAGGAUUAUCAAGUCAUGCGAAACGUACAGUGCCAGCAUCAGUCAGCGUCCUGAUCCGAUAAACACAGUUGAUUCGGAAACCGGUAGCAUCUUGAAAUCUCUUACUAGACGAGCUACGUCCGAAGAAUUAUUCAUAUCGGGCAGGUCAUCUGAAAGCUAUGAGUCCUGUAUAAUAGACGAAGACGCGGUGGUUCCAAACUGGCUGUUCAACAUUAUUAACCAACAAUUUUCUAUGGACAUCGAGGAAGAUCAGCCGAUAAAUGGUCCAUUGCCUGCGCCUGCGCAUACUGAACCUAUGUACGAUUUGAACGGCAACGUACCCGAGCCAGGUAUGGGCGUAGGUGCAGGAGCAGGCGCGGGAGACGGGCGCGGCAUGCACAGCGACAAUUCGCAGGACAGCUCCGGUCGGGGCACUUCGCUGAGCUCCAGCGACACGUCAUCAGGUCAGCAGAGCGAGGCAAUCCUCAUCGAUCCAUCCGCUUUCACGGCGCAAUUUGAACACGACUCGAUUGGCAGUUCGGCUGGAGUGAACACUCUUAUGCUUCCUCUUGAUGGUUCUAGGCCUGAAAACCUGCCCCGAAAUACCGGUGCUGAUAAUGAAAUGUUGAGUACUAGUCGUCAUACAAGGAUAAUCAUCAAUCCUGUACUGGCGGUGAGCGACGGAGAAGCUGACGUCUCCUCAUUGGACACCGAUGCCCCCGACUCCUCGGAUAACUGACUCCACUGACACAAUUGAAACCAUUUUUUGGUUUAAAAUCGUACUCAUUCGGUCUUGUGACGUCUACCGGAUUUGAAGUGAAAAGUUCUGGCUUUGCAAAGUUGGUGUAAAUGUGUUCGUUCUGAAUAAAUUAUUAUGUUUUCUUAA